AAAAUGGGGAUAUGUGAUGUGCCUAGGGUAUUGUAGUAACCGCCGCCUCGGCUCGGAGUCGGACUGAUCAUUGAAAACAGGCAGCGCAAAUCUUAUCGCUUGUUCUCAACUCGAGCGGCGGAGAGAGAUUGCCAUCCCUGUAGGGUUCACUUUCAUCCGCUCAUUUAUGGACAACGCGCGUAGCCUGCAGUCUGACUUGAGCAUACGGCGGGACUGAAUAACGUUCUGACGAGCAGAAGGCUGUUCACGUACAUUUUCGGACAACUUUUCCGUUGACGUUUAUUAAGAGCCGCCUAUGUGUCUAAGGCGAGCGCGAGCGCUAGUUUGAUUAUUUUUGCUUACACGGUCUCACGCAGCGCAGCUCUUUGGUGUCUGUCUGAUUCGAACUUUUUCAAGGGUUUCGUCAAUGAACUUGUUGCGGUGAGUCCCCUUUAAGCCCUCACGGCCUGUGUUGUACUCUGUUUUUACACUAUGGAGGUUCCGGAGGAGGCUUGCGAGUCCCCAUACGCAGUUUUUCACAGACCUUACCAGAGCGUUUUUCAAAGCGUGCGCGUCUCGAGAGCGAGCAACGCCGAGAGUUUGGACUUUUCUAGCUCCGAGAAGCGCGGCUGCCUGCAGGAGACCGCGUCGACGGAAAAACGUUUAAGUAAGCUGUCCCACAGCAAGGAAAUAAUAUGCUGCCCCGAGAAAGAGUGCGAGAGUGAGAGUUCAGUGAUGCGGAGUUCAAUAAGAAGUAAAAGCGACACGUCCCUGUCAUGCUCGGGCCGCGCAGACGCCACUGAGAGCAGCGGCAGUCGCGCAGGUUUCCUUCGGGGCACAGAGAGCGGACCGAAGGACUGCGCUGCGGCUGAAGUUCACUCGCGCCGUGACGCAAGAGUGGCGAGUAGUAGUCGCGCGUGCAACAUCACCACCACCACCAGCACCAGCACCACCAGCAGCAGCAGCAGCAGUAGCAUCUCGGAGACAGCGCGAGAGCUGUGCAAAGCCGUGUCCGUAUCUUUGGGCUUAGCUAUGGAGUCCAGCGAACUGGGCGAGGUGGAACCGCACCAUGCGCCGCCGCUUCUGACCACUAAGAGUAGAAAUGAGGGAAUGUAUUUGUUUGGAAUGCCUUUGCUCAACUGCUCACUGAAGGAACGGGAGGCAGGAGGGAAAGAAAGAGAGUACGCUCUCGCGGCGGGACUGGACAGAGGCACAGAGCUGCGAGGCAGGGACAAAGUGCUCGAGAUGUUUAAAACUGGCGACCUGGAGCAGCUAGCAGGUGAAGUGACGACCUUGCAGUGCAGCAGCGCGUCUCGAUCACACCUAACCGCGGAUGUGCAGGGUGUGCACGAGUUCGCCAGCGUGUCCGGGGACAUUGUCAACUUGAGUUCAGAAGGUACGGCAGCGACGACAGCACCGGACAUGUACGAAACGCGAGCGGCUUCGUGCCAGUUCGAAGAACUGUUGCCCGCGAGCAUGGCCCACUUCGUGCAACCGGAGCUCGAAAACGGACCGAACCAAAUGUCCGGCGAGUUCCCGGGCCCCGUGGAGGAUUACGUUAAUCUAUAUAAUGUCAAAAUCAAGGCGGAGAGGAUGCCCCGUGAACUAAAUGACACUUGGGCUUACCCGCAUAGGUACGCUGAGGACUGUAACGACCAGUACGGGUCUCCCAAACAAAGGACCCCUUACGCAUCUGGCCACGAUACGCCUUUUAUCUGUAACCCCUACGAGUACGGCCGAAACGAGGCUCUGGUUCCGCGGGAGCGACCUCCGCCCGAACAGUGGUACCCCGGCGGGAUGUUGACCCGUCCCCCUUACCCUAACAUGCCCCGCUUGAAAAACGAGAUGGGCAACUGGCUGGAUGUAACAUCAUUAACGGAUGGCAGGUUUGAUGGAGGGAGGAGUGACAUUUUCCCAAUGGAGUUUUUCCUUCCCCCACAAAGGACGUGCUUAAUCUGCUCUGAUGAAGCAUCUGGAUGUCACUAUGGAGCCCUCACUUGUGGAAGUUGCAAAGUGUUCUUUAAGAGAGCUGCUGAGGGGAAGCAGAAUUAUCUCUGCGCUAGCAGAAAUGACUGCACCAUAGAUAAACUGAGGAGGAAGAACUGCCCAUCUUGCCGUCUGAGGAAGUGUUUCGAGGCUGGGAUGACCCUGGGAGCUCGCAAGCUGAGGAAGAUCGGACAGAUGAAAGGUCCGGAGGAGGCUGGCCUGGUUCAGGGCACAUCAGAGACAGUCCAGUACCUGUCGCCCAAGCCCAGCCUGACGUUCCACUCACAGUUGAUCUUCCUGAACAUCCUGGAGGCCAUCGAGCCCGAGGUGGUGAACGCCGGCCAUGAUCAUGCUCAGCCUGACUCGGCAGCUGCUCUCCUCACCAGCCUUAAUGAGUUGGGAGAGAGGCAGCUUGUCAAGGUAGUGAAAUGGGCCAAAGGACUUCCAGGUUUCCGUAACCUGCAUGUGGAUGAUCAGAUGACAGUCAUACAACACACCUGGAUGGGAGUGAUGGUCUUUGCACUGGGUUGGAGGUCCUACAAGAACGCCAAUGCACGGAUGCUGUACUUUGCACCAGACUUGGUCUUCAACGAUCAUAGGAUGCAUAUCUCCAGCAUGUACGAGCACUGUGUUCAGAUGAAGCACCUCUCGCAGGAGUUUGUGCUGCUGCAGGUCACACAGGAAGAGUUCCUCUGCAUGAAGGCCCUCCUCCUUUUCAGCAUCAUUCCAGUGGAGGGGCUGAAGAGUCAGAAGUAUUUUGAUGAUCUGCGUCUGACAUACAUAAACGAGCUUGAUCGUUUAAUCAACUAUGGCAGGAAGACCAACUGCGCCAUGCGCUUCCAACAGCUGACCCGACUGAUGGACUCACUGCAACCAAUUGUUCAGAAGUUGCACCAGUUCACCUUUGACCUCUUUGUCCAAGCUCGGUCUCUGCCCACGAAGGUCAGCUUUCCCGAAAUGAUUGCAGAAAUCAUCUCGGUCCAGGUGCCAAAAAUCCUCGCCGGCCUGUCUAAACCAAUCCUGUUUCACAAAUGACAAGACUACACCCCUGAACUACUGAUCCAUACCAACCCUACCCAGGCCAUAUGAGCCAGUCAGUUUGGACUAAUCCAGUUUGAUCCAGCCUAAACCAGCCUGCAAUGCUUUUAAUCUGGACUUGAAUCGAGCAAUGGGACUGAAUGAUGAAUGAUUUUUUUUAUCUUUUAUUUUUUAUUUUUUUAUUUCUCCCCUUCUAUCCCUGCCUCCCUUUCUAUAUCAAUGUCAUCUCUCUCUCUCUCUCCUUUUGAAAAAUGGCCCUGAAAAGUAGUGGGACCAUUACAUCAUUACAGUUGUCUAUCCUCUCCUCAGAAAUCAUUUGAGCUCAUUUUCUCAAACUGACAGCAUGGUGUGAAGCAGGUUUUGUUCUUUCUUUCAACCAGCAGUUAUACUUAAAGAGUUACAGCACGUUGCCUGGUGGACAGGUUGGAAAAAAUAUGACACUGAAUUUUCAUCUGAGCCCUUAAUCAAAAAUAAAAGGAAAAAAAAAAGAAAGGACACUGCACAGAUCUCUUUCAGAGUCUGUGACCUGGCUCUAAUCUCUAUGCAUCGCAGGAUCAAAAGGUUUCAUUUAUUGACUUGAGAGAUCAGGACAAAGCAAAGCAGCAUGCAUAGAGAAAUAUAUCAGAACGUGACAAAAAACCAUGACAGAGUCUCUUCGUUUGUGACUUUUACUCUUUUUAGGUAGAACAACACACUACUAAAUACAGAACUGUAUUACAACAAUAUGGAUUUCAGUACAGCAGGCUGGCCAUCAGUCUCCUCCCUGCUUUAUUAGUUUAUUGAUUGUAAAACAAGUGCUUCAUUCAUUUCUUAUGAAAUGUAGAGGCUCUUUGUAAAAGCUUUUUAAAAGGCAUCAUUCAUUUGGGAUGAGACAAUUUGUGACUUCAAUUUGAAAAUCUGUCACAGUUGGGUUUUGCCACUAAAACCGAAACUACAACACACUUAAAAAAAAACAAAAAAAAAACAACAACAACAAAAAGAAAAACAUCUCACAGUCAUCAAGACUUGCCUCCUCCAGACAGCAGACUUUUGUUAAGACGGCGCUCAGUGCCCUCUUUUGCAACCUGGAUAUUUAAGUGCAGGUUUAGGGGAUUUUUGUUGACAGUUUGUACAUAGAACAUAAAUACAGCUACGCUUGGGUAAGCAUUGGUGAUCCUCAAAUAUAUACACACACACAUAUAUAUAUAUAAAUCUAUGCAUGCUGUCUUCAUAUCCAUCAACAAAACAACAAACAAAUUAUUGCAUGCUAAAGCCCUAGAUAUUCAAACCAACCAAACUGCAUUUCCAGUAAGCUAAAUGGAUAUUGUUAGGAAACGGUACUGUUUCCAAUAAGGCUCUUAUGAAGUUACUCUCUCUUUCUCUUUCACUGUCCUUAAUGGAAGAUUUGGCAAGGUAAUAUUCUUGUAUACAGGGGUGGACUGGCCAUCUGGAUGUUCUGGAUAAGUCCAGAACGGCUGUCGGCCUGGCUGGUUCGUCAUCAAAGAAAAAGUGUCAGAUUAAGUGACGUUGAUGGCCGAAAAAAGGGGCACUAAUGCAAUCUAUUUUUGCCCAUUAAAAAGUGAAACUGACGCGAAGGAGCGUGGGCACGUGAUGGCAAGCAAAAGACAUGACGAUAAACAUUACAUCAGGUUACCUUUGCUCGCCUUUCUCACUAUACACAGCAUGUAGCCUAUAGCACUGCAGUAAAAUCCUAGGACAACCCUAGUCCGAGGGUCCAUUUAUCACUCUGCUUUGUCUGGCAUGAAUAUUCCAUUCAUUCAUAAAGAGAUCGCAACAAUUCAACAGCGGGUUACAUUUGAAAGCUACCGAGUUAGAACAUUUAGUAAAUUAAGUAGCCUAUAAGGUGAUUAGUCUGAUUAACAUGACACACACACACAUGCACGCAUACACACAGAGGCAUAUGAAUACUCAAAUUGAAGAAUUCUGUUGUUUCAGAUUUCUAGACUCUAGGUUUAUGUUUAUCAUUGUAGAUUUCAAGUAUUUUGGUUCAUACAAUAAUACAUUUAUUUCAAUCCUUUGUUGAAAAAAAUGUAAAUAAAUAGAAACCAUCACAUAAUUUGUAAUGAUUUUACUGAUUAUAAUGAAAAUUUUAUUGGUUUUAAUGGCAACUGUAAUGGCAACUGUUGGUCUCUAGUAAUUGGUCACCUUCUAUUCAUGGCUUUUAUUAAAGCCACUAAAUUCGAAUGAAAUAUGUCCCAUUAUUUAAUGGUUUUAAUGGUUAAAAGUUGUGGUUUAUGUUUGUAAUGGCAUUUGUAGUGGAAAACAUUCAAAUUUCUGUGAUGGUUUCUAUUGUUUUUGUCAGCAGGGUUACUAUUAUGGGUUUUGUGAUGUUAUUUGCCAUAUAUGCGAUAGGAUUUCUGUAAUAUUGUAAGAUAGUAGCUACUGUUUGUAGUUGUGGUGGACCUAUUUGGGAGAAAAUCCAGGGCUGUUUUUUACUCCCAGUCCAUCCCUGCUUGUUUAUACAGUAUAUGUAAAAGUUAAGCAUGGUUCUUUUCAACCUUUCUAUGUGCUAAUGUAUGGAUGUAGUCAAUAGUUUUACAGUACAGUUUCAUAUCUUUCCUUUAUAGCAAGUGCCACUGAGGGAUUUGUAUUUCUCCCCGCUAGAAAUAAAUAAUCACAUGCUUAACACACUCUUUCAGAAUACCAAAACAUGCUUCAAAUGGUGCACAGCUUUGAAAAAAAGAAAAGAAAAGAAAAAAGACCUUUGCGUAGCCAAUGUGCUGACAUGGGACAGUACUGUUACUUUUUAUAGAAACUCGUACCAAAUAUCUUAAUCACCAUCAGCUGUCUCAAAUCAACUACAAGUGGUGCUAAAGCUGUACUUUACCACCCUCGAGGGUGUUAACAUAGUUCACCCAAAAAUUAAAGUGAAAAUGAAAGUUUUCUUUUACUCAACCUCAAGUUGUCCCAAACCUGUAUGAGUUAUUUCUUCUGAAAUGAACAUAUUUUGAAGAAUGUUAGUAACUGAACAGUUUCCGGUAGCCAUUGACUUGCAUAUAUGGUAAAAAUGCUAUGGAAGUCGAUGGCUGUCAUCAUCUGUUCGGUGACCAGCAUUUUAUUUAUUUAUUUAUUUAUUCGUAUCUUUAUCAGCCCGGGGGGUGGGGGGGGCUUACAGGUUUGGAACAACUUGAGGGAUCCUUUUCGGGUGAGCCAUGGCUUGAAACGAGACAAAAGACAAAAAGAAAAAAAAAACUUUUGCUUCAAUUAAAUCAUUCUCUAUUUAUCUGUCAGAAAGGAACCUCUUUACUCGCUUUCCUCAUACCCCGGUGCAGCACGUAUUAUCUAGACGUCGUGUCAUCUUUUUCCCUCCGUACGCUCUCCGUUUCUAAAUGAUUGAAUAAUGCCUGCAGCGUUAUGUAUGUAGAUUACUCUUUAAAGAGCCCCAAAAUCGCGGCGCUGUGUUGUCUUUGUCAGGCAUGCGGUGACCUGGGGUGUACUUUAGGCAGAGCACGGAGUUUUCCGCCGGUUUAAAACGACGAGAUGUGGUUUAGCUGCUGGGGCUCUUGUCGCCGCGGAGCAUGUUGACGGUUUGAAUGUGCCAGACAGAGAAUAUGCUGUCAGAGACAGCUCCUCUGCGCUGACAGCACCGAGCACCGCGCAAUUACACGCAGGUGUUUACCCAUUUAGGCGGCCCAAAAGCACUCAUUAGAAUUUGCAGAACUCCAAACUGCACUUUUACCCUGCCAAAAAAAAAAGAGCUCGCGACUUUCACCACGAACAUGCAACGCUGUAGGACGGAGCCGAAGCCAAAGUCUGAUCACACAGUUGUCCAUUAGCCGGCGGACUUUCGGAGGGGGCACUCGCAUGCAAACACCGACUUUACGGGAUACACACUCUCUUGUUUCUAUUGUCUGUUUACAAUAGAAAGUUUGUAAUAUGUCAGUGAGCUACACUCUUUGUAACACCUCGCGCUGCGCUCGUGAAAAUACUCAGAUAUACUUAGAUGAUCCAUAAGCUGACUUGGGACUUUUCUUAACACAUCUCUUACGAGCUAUGAUGUAAAACUUUUCGUGUUGUUUUUCAAUUAAAGUCUAUUAAAUUUACUGGAUUUACUGUGUGCGGUGUGAUCAACCAAUAGCAAAAAUGUGUAUGUUUAUAUGCGCUCUUGUAAAUCUGUAGCAGGCUCUGCUUCGCCGCUCUUAUAGGGGCUAAAAAGGGGAAGAAAGCAGCAUUUUUUGGUGUCUUUUGCAAAAUACAGAAUUUGGCCUGUGUU